CAUUGAUUGUUUCGUAUAGUUUUCAUGUAAAUACAAAUCUUGAGUCCUACAUAAUGAAUAUAUUUCAUAAUAAUGUACUAAACUAUAGCUUUUUCUGAAAUUGGUGUAAUGUGAUUCUUCUUGUGUUGUUAAACCAUUCAUUAACUUACAUGUUAAGUAGCGUUUAUCCCACCAACACAAUGGGGAUAAUGUACGAGAAACGUCCAUUGAAGAGGCCUCGUUUAGGCCCCCCAGAUGUUUAUCCACAAGAACCAAGGCAAAAAGAAGACGAACUGACAUCUGCUAACGUAAAACAUGGAUUUACCACAACACCACAGUCUAGUGAUGAAUUUGGCACAGCUAGAAAUUUUAAUUACUCUACAACAAAGAUUGGUCAAUUUUUCUCUAGUAUUUUAUCAAAAAAAGAAGAACUAAACACAUUACCUGAUUGUGGAAGAAAGAGGCAGCAAGUAAAUCCAAAAGAUAAUUUUUGGCCAGCAACAGCACGGACAAAGCCACAAAUUGAAGCAUGGUUUAAAGAUCUUGCAGGUAGUAAACCCUUGUCAAUAUUGGCAAAGAAGGCACCCAAUUUUAACAAGAAGGAAGAGAUAUUCAUAACUCUAACUGAAUAUCAAGUGGCAAUGCCCAGAGCUGUAUGGUUCAUUAAGUUGAGUUCUGCAUAUACUGUUGCUGUUUCUGAAGCAAAGAUUAAAAAGAGACAGCUUCCUGAUCCAACUACAGAAUGGACUACAACCUUAAUAAAGUUCUUAAAGGAUCAGAUACCAAAACUAGCAGAGUACUAUUCAAGUGGGCUUGGUAAUAUAUCAGACAAGACACCACCAUCACAAUCAGGUCAGGGGACUCCAGGCCAUGGUACCCCUGGUCACCCUCCUGGAAGCUCUACACCAAAUAGCUCAACACCAUCAAACACCAUGCAUUCACCAGGAAGUACUAGCUUAGUAGGCUCAUCUACACCAGGACCUGAGUGUACAGACUGGAGACAGGCUCUAAAGCAGUGGAACUAUUGCUGUCGACUUGCUAGAUAUCUACUGGAUGAGGGCUUACUUGACAGACAAGAUUUUCUCACAUGGAUCAUUGAGCUCCUGGAUAAAAGGGCCCCAGAUGAUGGCCUAUUAAGGUUAUUCUUACCCUUGACUCUGCAAUAUAUGUGCGAGUUUGUAUGCUGUGAGGGUCUUUCCCGAAGACUAGCAACAACUUGUGCAAAAAAAGCUGCCGCAAUUUGCUCAGUGCUUUCUGACUCUACCCUCCGAACACUCAAUCAGCCUGCCAUAUACAAAACCGAUAGAAAUACUGACACAAAUUCUGGGUCGAUGUCUCCAUCAACAGAUACAAAUGGCGAUGUGAAACCAAAUAUAUCUCAAAUCAAGCGGUCUGCAACUCCAGCAGAUCAAAAUCACGGGACACCAAACCCAAAUCAUUCUAUUGGAACUCCAAAUCCAAUUGGGACACCCAAUCCACUAGGCACACCGAACCCAUCGCAGCCUUUGGAAGUUAAGGAAGAAAAUGAGUCACCCUCAAGGGAUAAUAAAACAAUAUUGACAACAGUAAUAUCAGCAGCUUUAAAUCCAAUACAAGUUGGUUUCUCCGAAGUGUUGAAUUGUCUGUUUCACAGAGAUGCUAUAAUUCAACUGGCCACAAUUUUACAGAUAAUAUGUGUGGAGUGUCCCACAGCAAUGGUGUGGUCAGGCUGUGGGUCAUCACUGCAGGGCUCUCCCCUGGACAUCUUACCUGUCCCGCCAUCCGCCUUACCCAUGCCUCAGAUGGACUCCGAAAUUACGGAAGACCAUAGAAAAUUAGUUUAUGAAGCGGAACAAGAAAUAGCUGCGAGAAGUAAAAAGGCUGAAAGCAAAUGGUGCACUGAUAAGUGGCAAACUAGUUCACAAGCUCGUGUACUGGCGGUGCUUGAAGCUCUGGAUAGACAUUGCUUUGACCGUGUUGAUCCAAAUAACAAUUUGGACACUCUAUACAAAGAAGUUUUUGCUAAUUGCACACCAAAUAGGGAUGGCAACAUUGAUCCGAAAGAUCCGGAGUACGUAUGUUCGUACGCAGUCGUGCGUGUCCUGUGCGAGUGGGCCGUGUGCAGCGCGCGCUGGGGCGAGCACCGUGCGAUGGCGGCCGCGGCGCUGCUCGACAGGAGGCAACACCAUCACCAGCACGAGCAGCAAGGAUCUGAUGACAAGGAAUCGGUGAGCUCUGGAACGGGAAUGUACAAUGGCCCGCCUAUCUUUCAAAGUUUAUUGCUGCGUUUCUUGGAUAAUGAUGCGCCGGUUUUAGAUGAAAGUCCCAACGCACCACCUGGUAAUCGGCAGCAGUUCUCAAACUUGGUGCACUUGUUCGGUGAACUGAUACGACGAGAUGUUUUCUCGCACGAUGCGUACAUGUGCACGCUUAUCUCCAGAGGAGAUUUAGUAUCACCCACGGAGCCAACCAGUACGGCAGGUAGCAGUAGUCACACUGUGGUGCAGCCAGUCAACAGCACAGGCACUAAUCAUAACAUGGAUGACGAUAUCUUCGCUGGUAUUGACCUGAAGCCUAAAAUGGAGGAAAACGUUAGAAUGGACCUGGAUGAUUCUAAAAUAGAUGAUGACCUGGACAAACUUCUUCAGCAUAUAAAGGAAGACCAGCAGAACUCUAUGGACGCGCCCGAUAGCCCUAAGGAUCCUGGGGAGACAUCACAUAGUGUGAAUUCACCGAUAAUGGGUGCAAGCGGUAUGAGUAUAGCAGGCAUCCAAUCAAUGGGCAUGGGACCUAUGUCUGUACCAGGUAUGCGGUCAUCCAGUUCAAACGGCUCGAACGGGACGGGAACAGUCUCGAGGCACUACCACUACACAAUGCACUUCCCACUGCCUCCCACUGAACCAGAGCACACACCACACGACGCUAACCAGCGACACAUCCUGUUAUACGGCGUCGGGAGACAUCGGGAUGAAGCUAAACACGCCGUUAAGAAAAUGACCAAAGAAAUAUGCAAAUUAUUCUCAAAGAAAUUUUCCAUUGAUGUUGCUGAAGGCGGUAAAAUCAAAAAACAUUCCCGGAGCGAGUUUAACUUUGAGGCUGUUACACAAAAGUUUCAGGCGAUGUCGAUGUACGAGCAAGGCGCCGUGUCGUGGGCAGUGGGCGGCGCCGUGUGCGAGUCGCUGUCGUCGUACGCGGCCGGCGCCACCACGUACCUGCCGCAGGUGGAGCACGUGGCCUUCGCACUCGACCUCAUGGAGAUCGCGCUCAACGUGCACGGGCUCAUCGAGACUUGUAUACAGAUCCUGAAGGAGUUGUCGGAAGUGGAAGCGGCGCUGAUAACACGCGGCGCACUGAGCAGCGGGCUGGCGGCGCCGCGUGCGUACACGUCGGCACUGGCGCUGUACACGGUCGGGGCGCUGAGGAGAUAUCACUCAUGUUUAUUGUUAUGCGUGGAGCAGACGUCGGCCGUGUUCGAGCAGCUGUGCCGGCUCGUGAAGUGCGUCGUGAACCCGGGCGACUGCGGCUCGGCCGAGCGCUGCGUGCUGGCUCAGCUCCACGACCUGUACAAGGCGGCGGCACACCUCAUCCACGCGCCGCACGCGGACACCUUCGCCAACGCCUACCCCAAGAUUAAACAAGCUCUAUAUUCGCCACUGCAACCAACGCCGUCUAACUAUUCCUACAAUCCUGAGUUUUUGAGUGAAUUCUUCACUAAUCCAAGGAAAGGUAAAAUAGAGAUAUCAUGGGCUCGACAAGUGGCGGAAUCGCCGGCGAAUCGUUAUAGCUUCGUCUGUUCUGCUAUGUUGGCUGUCUGCCGUGAAGUUGAUAAUGAUCGCGUCAACGAGCUGGGCGUGGUGUGCGCGGAGAUGACGGCGUGGUGCAGCGGGCUGGCGGCGGAGUGGCUGGGCGCGCUGGUGGCGCUGUGCGGCGCGCAGCACUGCCCCGUGGCGCCGCACGCCGCGCCGCCGCCGCUGUACCCCGACCUGCUGCACCACCGCGACCUGCACGACGCCGCCGCGCACGACGCGCUCGCCGUCUUCACCUGCAUCCUAGUGGCUCGUCACUGCUUUUCCCUGGAGGACUUCGUGCGUCACGCCGCACUCCCCUCGCUGGUGAAGGCAUCCGGGAGAGGCAACGUCGCCAACCAACCGGCCAACGCGCCCUCUCCCGACGCGGGCGCGCGGCUCACCUGUCAUCUGCUACUGCGGCUAUUCAAAACCGUUGAUACUCCACAGCCAGGUCCGUUAACCAUGAACUAUCUAGAUUUUCCCAGUUCUGAUCUGUAGAUGUUGUUUUAAAACGAUAAUAAAGUGUAUAACCCCUGGGAGUUCGAUAGCUAAAAAACUUGUUAACUGAAACUUUUUUUUGGGGGUUAAAUUAUCGCAAAUAGUCACCCCUAUCACCUUCUAACGGGAAUACUUCCAAUCACCAAUAACCAUGUAUAACUUUUGAGAAAGAAACGUAGGUACAAUGUUACGGCACUCUUGGAAUCCGCGUCACACUCGACCACAAUAACUGUUACUAUUCGUUCAGUAGUACACUGUGUGUGUGAGUGCAGGGCUGUACAGUGUGUCGACGUCGCCGGGGCC